AUGUCGUUCAUCCCCAAAACGAUUGCGAGGGUGGCCGCCUCCCGCGCAAUCGUCUUGGCACCUGGACGGAGACGAAACGCGUUCACAACCUCCGCUUUCGUGAGGAAGUCGGCGACGGAGGCGGUCAAGGACGGUCUGAAGAGGGUGGACAGGACCGUCAGCGACAACGUCCUCAUCCCAGGUCUCAACGUGGCUGACAAAGUGAAGGGGACAAUUCAUGAAACAACACGGAGUGAUGUCGAAGCCAAGGCCGGCGAGAUCAAGGUUCGGGCCACUGGCAAGGCGGAGGAGAUGAAAGGCCGGGCCAAGGGUACUGUGAGUCAGGCUGCCGGCAAGGCAGAACAGCUCAAGGGCAAAGCAGAUGAGCUCAAGGACCAGGUGGAGAGCGCAGGGCGAGAAUUGAAGGAUGAAAUGUAA